UGCCGCCAAAACGAAUUGUCGCUGCAGUCAGUAAAUGGACGUUUGAUGUGGUUGGUUGUCAAAGACUGUGCUGUUGUGUGUUUACAGUGAUUUAUUACCCGUUACUAUAAUCAUAAUUGCAGUAUAAGGUUUUAGGGAGUAGAUGAAGGUGACAGUAUGUCUCGCAACAAAGACAAGCACGAGGGCGCGAGUGGGCGCACAUACCAUAUCAUGUCGGAAGCAGAACGAGCCUCUGGUCGUAGAGGAGGUUGGACUACUCUUGAGGUAACAGGAGGUGUGCGCGCCCUAGCGCCGCCCCUCUUUCAGCUGACUCACUUGACAGCGCUGUAUUUGAACGACAACUCACUGCAGCGCAUCCCUACCGACAUCAAUCAACUCGUCAACUUGCACACACUGGACAUAUCCAACAAUAAACUGAGAUCGCUGCCCGUCGAGCUAGGAGACCUAAUACAGCUCAGAGAACUACACCUGCAUAAUAACUACCUAAGAGCACUGCCUUAUGAACUUGGUAGGCUCUUCCACCUUCAGUUGCUCGGGCUACAGGGGAACCCCCUGAACAAGGAGAUGCUGUCGAUAUACAACGACUCCAACGGAACCGCCAAGCUGAUCACGUACAUGCUCGACAACUUGCAAGUUUCUGCAACAUUACCGCCGCAGAGACCCUGGAUACCGCUAACGCGACCGAACAGGACUCGUCCGACUUGCAUCUUCACGGUGAUGUGCUAUAACGUGUUGUGCGACAAGUACGCGACAAGACAGAUGUACGGCUACUGUCCGAGUUGGGCGCUCGAGUGGGACUACAGGAAGAAGGGUAUUUUAGACGAAAUUAGGCAUUACUCAGCAGACCUUAUUAGUUUACAGGAAGUCGAAACGGAUCAGUUCUAUAAUUUUUUCCUGCCAGAAUUAAAACAGGACGGUUAUGACGGAAUUUUCUCGCCGAAAUCUCGUGCAAAGACGAUGUCAGAAUCGGAGAGGAAAUACGUCGACGGCUGUGCAAUAUUUUUCAGAUCUGCAAAGUUCGCAUUAGUUAAGGAGCACCUCAUAGAGUUCAAUCAGCUGGCGAUGGCCAACAGCGAGGGAUCAGACAACAUGUUAAAUCGAGUAAUGCCGAAGGACAACAUAGGUCUUGCAGCCUUAUUGAAGACUAAAGAAGCCGCCUGGGAGAAUGGUAAUGUUGCUAGUCUACCAACGGACUCGUCAAUGAUCGGCCAGCCGAUACUCGUCUGCACAGCUCACAUCCACUGGGACCCAGAGUUUUGCGACGUGAAACUCAUCCAAACGAUGAUGUUAAGCAACGAACUCAGAACGAUCCUGGACGAUUCGGGAAGGACAUUACGUCUCGCCGGACAGAGAGACAACGUGCAGCUGUUGCUCUGCGGGGACUUCAAUUCCUUGCCUGACAGCGGCGUGGUCGAGUUCCUGUCCGCGGGGCGCGUCUCGUCUGAGCACCGCGACUUCAAGGAGCUCGGUUACGCGACGUCCCUGCGCCGCAUGCCCGGCUCCGAGCACGAGUUCACGCACAACUUCAAGCUGGCCUCGGCCUACAGCGAGGACAUCAUGCCCUACACCAACUACACGUUUGACUUCAAAGGUAUUAUCGACUACAUAUUCUACAGUAAACAGACGAUGACCCCCUUAGGGUUGUUGGGUCCCUUGUCUCAGGAAUGGUUCCGCGAGCACAAGGUCGUUGGCUGUCCUCAUCCGCACAUACCUUCAGAUCACUUCCCGCUGCUAGUUGAGCUGGAGAUGUCCCCAAGCACGAGCGGCAACUCGAACGGUCUGAUCGGCCGCAGGUAGCGCCGCACCAGCGCCCGCCACUGACGUCACGAGCCGUCGCCGUCGCCGUGACGUCACCGCUCGCCGCGUCCGCUGUGAACACUGACGUUUGUACCGUCGCCUUAAUCUUAAGUAUUAAUCUCGUUCGGUCCUCGAUGCGGCUCCGUAGUUGCGGCCGGAAUCCGCUAGAGGUCGUGUCGCGUUGACAGUUGCCGCCGCCGCCCGAACGUCCGCGAUUCGAUCUUGGACCUUAUUUACACGUAUCGUUUAGAAUCAUUUUUGAAUGCACACAAGAAUUUAGUAUAAUGACGAUACGACUGAACGUAACACAAAGCAAUCUGUUGUAGUAAUUAAUUAACGUGUUAAAUGAUAAUGUUACGUUGUUGAUACGGUUUAAUCAGUGUGUUGGGUAAUGUAUCGAGAUGUCACUUGUAUGUGUCCCCCGGGGGAUAGUUGUAGAAAUUGCGUGCUCGCGUGUGUGUUUGUGUGGGAGGGACGAAUCAUUAUGGACUCUAAGCGAAGGACACAACGUUCAUAACGGAGUGACAGCUGAUCAAAAACGCCGAUCAACCUAUGUAUGCAAUUACGUACUUAACUAUGUUUAGUGUGUGUGCUCUAUGUGUUUGUAACAUAUUUUUCUUGUUUCUUAUUGCCCUUGUAGGCAGACGAGCGUACGGCCCAGCUGACGGUGAGUGGUUAACGUCGCCCGUGGACGUCAGCAAUGCCAAGCUGCUGCCUACCAUAAAUAAGUCUGUGCGGAAUUAUACGUAUAUUACUAUAUCACAUCCGAGUUGUACUUAUAUUAUUAUCCUUUACAAGAUAAUUUACAAAAGACUAAAACAGUUUUAAACAUCAACGGUCUUAUUCAUGUUUAGUCAUCGAUGGUUUAUAAGCUCGUUAUAUAUAAUAUUGUUACGCACUGGGGUUCGGGAUAAAUAAAUGUUCCACCAAAGUACAAAUUAAAAAUUGUAUUCAACACUUAAAACACUCAACAAACAAUUUAAAAUUCUCAAUUCCCUCCCCUCCCGCUUCGCUUUAGGCGAUCCGUUCGCUGUUUCUCUUCGAGUAGUUCCGAUUAAUAACUGACUGCGUGCCAUCUCUGCAACGCUUUUAUAGUCGAGACGAAGUCCCUAGAAUCGUCGAGAAUAUUCCACAAAAGUCUAGUAUUGCGUGUUUCCGCUAUCUGACAAUAGAUGGCAUUGUACUUUUUUUCCCGAGCGUUCUAUAUGCUACUAGAAUAUCCUUCGAUAUUCGUUCGACUUUUCGGCGAUAGAUGGCGUUACUCUUACCUGCGUAACAAUAUGAAUUAACAGUCCUCUUGUAACGAACUCAUAAACCUCCGAUAGCUCGAUUCGGAUCGUCGCCAAUAUUCAUUCGUGUGUAAUGCUGUGGAUACACAUAGCCUAUUGCAUGUCGUUCGUCUCUCUCACACAUUAUGCAAACAGAUAGUUUUUGUCCUUGUCGUGUGUUAGUUUAUAUAGAUAACUUGUCCAUUCACAGGGUUCGUCGAGAAUAUAUAUAUAUUAAUAUUUCUCUAGUUUUUACAUAUUUUGAGAACACGCAUUCAAGCUAUUUGUUUGUUGAUUGAGAAUAAUUAGAUGCUCAAUUAUAUUUGCUCAAUAGAGGUCAUUUUUAUUUAUUUAUUAAUAGUUUUUUUUUUUAAUUUACCACAAAAGUUGAUACCGUUGAAUACAGAAAAUCCUUCCGAAGGACUUGUGAAUGGACAAGACUUAUGGCAGAUUUCACUGACUUUAAAUAGUAAAAUUUAGAUAUUAUAGGAGGAGCAUUGCGUUUUCUUAUUUUUAAAAAUUUAUUUAAAGUUAGUGAUAGAAGCCGGUGGCUUAAAACAUUUCAAGUCUUCUAACGAAUUGCCUAGUAAAUAGUAUAAAUAUAUAUUUAGUGUGAUGUUGGUACGUGCAAUCAAUGAUUUUACUAAUUAAUAACACCGUUUUUUUUUUAUUAGCAAAUAUUACGAAUCCUUUACAAUCCUUUAGUUGGUUAUAGUUAAUUGACGAUUCGAUAAAUAAAUAAAUAAUAAAAAUGUUUUUUUUUUUCGUAUAUUAUGACGACGUCAAGAUAACAAAUACGCUUAGUUUUCAAUGUAGCAUAUACAGUCGAGGAAUGUAAAGUUAAUAUGUUUGAUUUGAAUAUAAUAUAGAAAAAAACCAAUAAUUUAGAGCGAAUAUGUUUGUAUGAAAAAAAAUUUUUUUUUUUCUAUUGUUCUAAAGUGUACAAUCUGACGUCCAUUUGCAUACAGCGUGUUUGUUCCUCCGCUGUAUAUAAUAUGCUGGGUGUGUUAGGAGACCGCUUCCAAAAACGAAGACAGACGAUAGUACUAGACAGGCGUUCGUUGAACCGAGCAUCAGCUGUUUUUUAUUUUGUGUUUAAUUGCUGGUUUUUUUUAAAAUUAAGUAAUGUAUUUUUUAUGAAACUAGCUUUUCAUUUAGCUAUAUUAACAUGAUGGAGCGUAAAUAAUGCUAAUAAAACGUUUUUAAAUAUGAUUUUUUUUUUUAAAUCAGGAUCGAUUUUUUUCCGUCCUAUCAUCAAAGUUGUCAUUAGUACUAUUGUCUGUCUUCGUUUUUGGAAGGGGUCUCCUAACACUCAAUAUUUAAUUAACUAGAAAUAUAAAUAUAUCGGUCGUAAUCAGUGUACGUUCGCCACGUUGAAGUCAAGGGGGGCGCUGGUGGUCUGAACUAUGCCUAAAGAGUUACAUUCGUCGUCCGCUUGGCUUCAUCGUCCCAAGCGGGGAUCAGUGAGACAUUGUGUUCUGACUUAUUACGGCACUAUACUUAACACUAUGUAUAAGUUGAAGACGCGUGCCAACUUCAAAGUGAUUAAUGCAUCGUUGGAAACUCGAAUCGUGCAUCCCUAUUUAUAUACAGGGUGUUGUUAUUUCGGUUUUGCGUUCGGAAAGGAUGUAUGCUCGAAAUGGGACUUUAACUUUGUGUCUCGACGUGCGACAUUCACGUAUUGAUGACCACGGACUCCGGGUUUACGCUUAACAUCAAAUUUGUCCGGAAUUUGUCUGAUUGUAGCUUAAAUCUCAAAAAAAGGCAUUCAAGUCAAUUUACUUCGAGCAAUCACGGAUAUUACGACUCCUUUCAAACAACUAUAAUUGUAAUGACGUUUGAACGAUGCGUUAAUAAGUCCUCUGUACAAAAUCUAUUUAGUUGGUACUUUCGCGGCCGGGUUUGUAAGAUAGAUAUCUAAAUAAUAAUAAAAAAAAAAGUUUAUAAUGUAAUAGAAAUAUUUCAAUUAUUUUUGAUACUUAAUUACCUAUUUUAAAAGAAUAAUUGUAUAGAGACCAUUGUUAAAACUAACACUGCCUACAAAUUUAUUAUUGACAUCACUCGUGUGCAAUAAAAAUAUUGUUAGUGAAAAUUGUAAGUGAUAAUAUAGUGAUAUAUUUAAACGUGUGCUUCUUGGCAUCGGCAGCGAGUUGAAUCUAAAAACGUUUUACGAAGAAAAAAUUAUGUGAAAAUUUAACUAAAUUAUAUCACCCUGUAUGUGCACAGUGAUGUUUAGUUUAAUUUGUAUCGUUUUCGUCUCGUGUAGCUUCUGUGGUAACGCACGUGACGCCACAUCGUGGCACAGAUCCGAAACACCGGUUGUGCGAGCGAGCCAAACCACAUUUGCUGUCCCUUUUCAUUUGUCUCUAGCAGUCCGUUAGGGUCGCCGCACACGGCUCACCGACCACAACCACAAAACGCCGCCACCGGAAUAUUUCCUGUAAUUUUGAUACAUUUUAUAUGUAGCGUGUGGCGGACACCGGCGUCAACCGUCUGCGGUAAGUCCAUGUAUGAAAAUUACAGGAAAUAUUCCGGUGGCGGCGUUUUGUUAUUGUGGCUGGCGGCCCGUGUGCGGCGUCCCUUAGACUCCCUCCCCGCUAGUGGGCCUCUCGGUCGUGGUGACUGUCUCACUGGUCAGUAUUCGUCUCGUCAUCGAUAUAAGCGUUAGUGUUCGUUUCGACGCGGCGUAGCGGAGUGUCGGCGACCGCCCCUCGACGGCGGGCGGUCGGUAUUAGGUUAAUUAGACGUUUUGUGUUCCAACAGACUCCUCAGCGAGACUCUUAAAACUCGACGUAAUCCAAAAACGCAUUAGGUUCGUGUCUGAUUAAAGAAAAUUCAACGGUCUGAAAAAUAUUGACUGAUCUGCUAUCUCUACCUUCCCCCCACUCCUCCCCUCUCAAUCUCCCUUUCGAGUCUUAAAAACGUCCCCGUGCGUUAGAGUAGUCCUGUUACAGUCGCGGUGAAUCGCCUCCGAACGUUUCCCUUUUAGUUUUUAAGUAGGUUAUAUUAUUAUUAUACACAAGGUCGCGUCCCGAACUUCGGUUCUUAGAUUUAAGGACUCGCGAAUUGCUUUUCGAAACUAGAUUUUUACGAAAGGGAUACAGUAUUGUUGACGACGUUCUCACGCGUAAGGGACCGAUCGAUAUUUCGUUUACGAUUAGUUGCAUUUUUUUUUUGUUAGUUUUAGUAAGAUUUUAAUUGAGCCGGGAGACGUUUGUAGGCGAACCGUUUAGUGAAAAAAGGGUAGAAUACUGGCGUAGUACAAAUGUGUUGUGUGAAUGUUGAUGUGACGUCGGCUAUAUCAAAUUCAACUGUUUGUUCCAUUGGUAAGAGUUGCUCUGUGAUUUUGUUCUUAAUGUUCGUAGAUUACGGACCAAAAUUGGUAAUUAUAAUCGUCUAGAACUGGGGUUAUCCUUGUGUGACGCCGUCGCUGUAUAGAGGCUGGAAUGUGUCGAACCAACAUUUUCGUAAUGACCUAGUCGUGGGCUCAACUCGGCGUAUUAUCACCGGCUUUAACUCGAGCUAAAUCGAUUUUUGUGAAAAUCGAUUAUUCAUGAAUCGAAAUGCACAUCUCUAUAUACAUACGUCAAAUCGAUUCGCCGAGUUGCAGCAUUUUCAGAUUUUUGUUGUGAAGCGUUAGUUGUUUCGCCGAAUGUAAAAAAUACAAAAAUUGCUUUAUUAUUAUCAUUUUUAUACAAUGUUCAACAAAUAUAUUUUUGUUUCACUCCUCAACUGUGUUUACGCUUGUAUUUGUAUUUUUUCAUCUCGAUUUGGAAUUAAUUUAUAUCGAAUGAUUGAUUUUGAACAUUUUUAUACGACAUUAAUAUAAUUAUAAUUGUGUAUAUCAAACGAUAGGUGCUGUUGUAUUUUUUUUUUAAUGUUACAGAAAUGUGAUAGUGGUAUCUCUCUCUCACUCUCUAUAUCUCUCUUGUGAACCAUCGGGUGUAUUGUGAAGAAAAUAAGCCAAAUCAUGAAAGAAGGGUAUAUUUGAAUUAUUACUUUUAGGAUGUUAAAAUGAAGUUUUUAUACGAAUCAAAUUUUACUACGGAUGCUGUUCUUUUGUCUAAGUACAACAUAGAUUUUAAUGUCCAUAUCAUGGUGAUCUUUUAAAAAAUAUAUAUAUGUAUUUAACGUAGGGUUUUUAAAGACUGCUGAAGUUUAUGCCUGUGUUCCGGAAUCGAAUCCCAUAAGAGCCAACAUUGUCAAUAUGGCUGGCGGUCUACCCACAACAUUAACUGCUUAACAUCAUGUAAACCGUCAGCUCGUGUGCUAAUCUAAGCCAAAAUAAAAUGGCACAAUUAAAAAAUUUAAUAUCGACAAUUUUUCAUUCCGAAUACCUACACAAUCUAUUUCUCCUUCUUUAUUAUGUUGAUGAAAACAAAUAUAAAAACUAUAAUAAUAAUCUCUGAAAAUUAUAAAAAGGUGCGUGUUAUUAUUAUUUUUUUUAAUUAAAUCUUAUAAUAUCUGGUAUAUAAUAAGUUUGAAUUAAAAAAAAUAUGUUAUAACAUUCUCACUCAGUUCUAAAAAUAUUCUCAACAAGCGCCAUAACAAAUUACUUGUAAUAUCCAGAGACAUGAUUGUUUAAAUGAAAGGCCUCACUUACUAUUUACAUCGGAAAUUCGUUAACAAGUUUGCUGCUAUGUAUGUCACAGAUGCCUUACGCGGCCCACUAAACGAAUUAUGUCGAUUUCUUUCUUCGAUCUUCUUCUUACUAAGGCACCGGAAUAUCUAAGACUGGGAAAAACGAAUCCAUAGAUACUGAGAAAGAAUUUAUUUCUAAGAGACCUAACAGACUAAAACAUACAUUAACAAAGACAAAUUUUUCACUGGUGGCAGGACCUCUUGUGAGUCCGCACGGGUAGGUACCACCACCCUGCCUAUUUCUGCCGUGAAGCAGUCAUGCGUUUCGGCUUGAAGGGUGGGGCAGCCGUUGUAACUGUAUAGUUAGAACUUAGAUCUCAAGGUGUAUGGCGCAUUUACGUUGUAGAUGUCUAUGGGCUCCAGUGACCACUUAACACCAGGUGGGCUGUGAGCUCGUUCACCCAUCUAAGCAAUAAAGAAAAACAAAUAAUAAAAGGCAAAGUAAAGCAAUCCAGGUGCUUUAGUAACAAAUCGACAUAUAUAAUAACUUCUACUAUACUAUAAUAUACUAUAAACAUACUAUAUACUAUCAAUAUACUAUAAUAACUUCUAAUAACUUCAGUGCGUCGCGUAGGACGGCGCACCUACACGGCAGUUAACAUGUUAAUGGAAUAAAAAAAAAAGAGUUAAAUUUUUUUUUGCUAAUUUUUUUUUUAGAUACUUUAGUAUUGCAGUGAAACCAAUAGACAAAAGUGUUGCGUACAAAUUAUAUAUCGGCUACGAACGACAAAGAGCUUUAUUUGUAACAAGUUUAAUUGUACUAGAAUAUAAUAUGAUCUCUUUAUAUUAUAAAAAAAAAAAUAUAUUCAAUUUUGAUGGACGUUUUUACUUAAUAGUUUAGCUUUGUGAAUUUUUAUUGUAGUAUUUAUGUAACUAACAUUUUUUGUUAUUAAAUUGUAAUCGAUUUUUAAUUUUUACACGCCGCAGUAUCUAUUCAGGUUUGUAUAAAAAUAUCAUUGUAACUGUCCGCUUUAUGAGACUUGACGACCAAUUUUAUGUGUUUCUGUAUAUGUAAUUAAAAGAGAGAUCAUACCUCUGUUAAUGUAUAUGUCUACUCUUGUUGUUAACAAUAUGCACCGCUCUAUUUUAAAACCAAAUAUAAUGUGUCUUUAUUCUAAAAUAAUUAUAAGAGAAUGUUAAUUAUCUGAAAUACAUGAAAAUACCGGCAAAACUAUUUUGAAUUCAUUACAUUUGUGAGGUAACUUGACUGGUCUGUGUUUGUUCAAUCUGUUUAUUGAAUUGUGACGUCAUAAGCGUUUUCUGAACAUUUUGUUGAUUUUAAUUCUCAAAAUUAUCUUUUUUCUUAAAAAUAAAGAAUUUAAUAUAGUUAAAUUUUCACGACCUACAUUUUAUAACAGACGAGGGUAUUAGCAUUUUAUUGGUUAAAUGUAACAUUAUUAUCAUGUUUUUUAUAAACUUUUAGGUAAAGUAUAAUUUAAGUUUUUAUUCUCAUGUAAAUUUAUAUCCACAUUAUCCUAAGUUUUCUGAAAAUUUGAACCAUUUAUAUUUUAUUUCUCAACGAAAAGUAAUCAUAUUUCUAACUUUGAAUUUAUAAUAUAUAUUCUUACCUUUGUCUGUACUUUAAAUUAUCUAUCUCUAUACUUUGUCAACAUUAAAUUAUCUUUGGUAAAAAAAGCGGUGCAUAUUGUUAAAUAAUAUUAAUGUGGAAGUUUUAAAGUUGUUUGUUUGUCGGUUAGCGAUUCGAAUUUAUCACAAGGAAGCCUUCACAUUGUAAAUUUUAUUUGUAAAUAUGUAAUUUCGAUAACAACAAUUAAUGCUGAAUUACGAGUGAGCCCACACAUUGUCAGCCGUGAGGACUUCUGCGCAAACUUAAAUACGCUCCGAAAGAACAGAGGCCGGUAUCUCCACAUUCCACUCUUUAACUAUCGAAUAAGCUCAAUGCUAAAGACUGUAUGAGAUUUGAAAAUAAUGUAAUAUCAAAAAUAUUUUCUGAAGCCCCUUAAUUACUUUACACGAUGUGUUUUUUUUUGGUGAUUUAAUGUUAAGAUCGGAAAAGAUUAACUCACUAGUAUGUAAGGACAAAUGCUUUACGACACUGUGAUAGUCGAUACAAAAUAUAUACCCGAGGGAUACACCGUACGCAUUUAUGACUUUAAACGAAAUAUCAAAUUGUCUUAAUAAAAAUGUAAUAAGGAAUGUUAUUUUAUUGUAUUUUGAGAUACUCAACAGUAACUGCUCGAUUUUCUUAAUAGCACCACGUCGUUGUCAAACCAAAAUCUGCUAGGUAUGUGCACUUUUGAGAUUUUUACUUUUUGACUUUUUCGUAUUGUUCACAGCCCUAUCUACCAUACCGUAUAAAAAAAACUGUUAUGUGUCUAUAGCUUUAAUAUUUAUCUAUAGCUUUCAUUUCAUAUAGUUCUUAAAAAUUCACCUUCGUAUAAAAUUUUAUAUGAAAAUAUUUUUACGCGUUAAUUCAAAAUAGAGUUUUUGCACAUAGCAGAUUUUGGUUUGACAGCGACAACAUUUGGUACUAAUUUCAUUUGACUCCACUGAUUAAACCACCUUUUAAACGAUUUCUGAUUGUUUUUUUUUUAACUAUAAAACAAAAUGUAUUGACAAAAUCGUGCGGUUAUUGUUGUGAAUGUAAAAUGUAACAAAAGUACAAAUCGUAUGUGCAGAAGUUCGGACUCGGCUCGAGCGGUCGUCGCGUUUACUGUGUGUGUUGUGUACGUGUGUGUGCCGACAGGCGGCAUUUGUUUGUGUGUGUGUGUGCGGCCGCGCCCCCGCGUCUCGCUGUUCUGUUUGUUGACACAUAAAUGUAAAUUUGAAUGAAUCAAAUUAUAAGAGAAUAUGAAUUUUACAA